CCAUUUUUUUGCUUGUUCGGUUACAGUGUAGUGUAUAUUACCGUGUAAGGCACUGGCACUCGACAAAAAGACGAUCCACCAGCUGCAUUACAUUUUUUCUGUCUCCUUCUUAAUAAAUACAGAAAAUCCUAAUUCUAAAAUGACUGUGUUUAAUAAACUUAAAAACUACACUCUCACGUUGUCUGGGCUAGCUUUCUUCCGGUGCACGCUCAAACUGGCAUCUGCUGCAACAACAGCAUAUUAUAACAAUAAGUUGCUAUUGUUUCACAUGAUUUUGCCAGUAAAAGCGCCGUCUCCGUAUCUUUAAGACUUAAGUCUACAUCAUCCGAACACCUCCCCGAAGAGUUUCGUUUUCCUUACAAAUACCGUUUGUGCGUCGGGGAGGUGCGUACGAGCAAAAGUAACUUUCGAUUCCCAUUCGCUUCUACCGCCGCGGCUUCCUCCCUCCCAGUCCCAGCUGCGGGGAAAGUUUUGCACUUCAGCUGAAGCAAAGCUCGACGUUGUGCACGGCGCCAUGUCCGCCUCUUUCUCGUCAGCCCUAGAGAAGCAGACGGAGCUGCAGCUGCUCGAGCUCUUCCCGCGGCGCGUCACCCUCGCGCUGCUCUUCAAGAGCAGCCGCCACGGCCGCAACUUCUCGACGCUUUACAACGUUUGCGGGAACCAAGGGAGCUUUGUCCUCCUCGUCUUUUUAGAAGGUGGCCUUGUUAGAGGCGGUUUUCUAAACAAAUCUUUGCCAGAUUGUAAAUACACUAACCAAGAUGUAGAAGACGAGGACGCGUUUGUGUUCUCAGUGGACAAGGAGAAGGCCGCGCGCUUUCGCGUUGUCAAUCACCGCCAAGCCUUCUCGUGCGAUUCGUCCUGUAUGCGUUUCGGCCGCUCGCUGACGCUGUCACGGAAUAGGAAUUCGUUAUCUUUAGCGUUACAGUCCGAUGAUAUUUACGAGCAUACAGCGUGGACCGGGACCUAUGAUGGAUGUGAAGUGGAAUUGCAUCGGGUUGAAGCCGGAGAUGUGCUGUACAGACCGUGGAGGGACGUGCAGUGGACAGAGUUGGAGAGAGGGCGCCUGAGGAAUAAUCUGGUCUCCUACGAGCCUUCCAAUGAAGAGCUGACUCGAGUGCGGGUUCUGUUGUUGGGUCCGGUGGGAGCAGGGAAAUCCAGUAUCAUCACCUCCAUCAGAUCUGUGUUAUACAGGCAUGUUGUGAACCUACCAAUCAUUGGUGCUGGACCACAUGGCUUUACUAAAAACCUGAAGUCCUAUCCAAUCAGGGCAGAGAGAGGAGGUUCAAUCACAGCCCUGACACUGUGUGAUACUAUGGCUCUGGGAAACAGUGAGUGGAAUGGUCUGACUGUCCAUGAUGCCCUGGCUGUUAUCAAAGGACAUGCUUCUGAGGGACACGAGUUUCAACCUCAAACCCCAAUUCAGCCAAGUACUGCAGGGUAUCGCCUGGAUCCAUCCCUGAAGGACAAGAUCCACUGUGUGGUGUUCACUUUGGAUGCAUGUGAACUCACCUUCUAUAGUAAUGGUCUGAAAGAGACGGUGAGGAAGCUUCGCAGUGAGAUCUCAGACCUGGAAAUACCGCAGCUGGUUUUUCUCACCCAUGUGGAUGAGGUGUGCCACGGGGUUCAUAAAGACAUACGCUACGUCUAUUCCAGCCGCAUUGUGCAGGAGAAGAUAAAGAAGGCAGCAGAAUUGGCAGAAAUGCCUGUGUCCUCCGUGCUACCAGUAAAGAACUACUGCAGUGAGGUGGCAGUCGACCGUGACAUUGACAUUCUACUGCUGAGUGCCAUUGGUCAAGUACUGAACGCUGUGGAAGAUACCUUCGAGAACUUUUCGGUUCCGUCCGCCUCAAACCCAGCAUUCAUUCCGGAAGCAGAGCAGCACUUCAGAGCUCGAUGCAGUCCGUGUGUGUUCGCUGAGGAAAUCCAACGAGAGUUUACCCGAGUAAUUUUAAUCGGAAAGUUGUCCUUUCUUUCUCCCGCUUUCAUGGCCUCCCUGUGUUCUGGCCUGGAGCUCCAGCAGGAGAGGAGGCUCCUGGGGAUGUUCCCUCAGCCCGUUGUUAAGUUCAUUCUUCUGUACAAGGCGAGCCGCCACGGAUCGGGGUCCGAAGCACUUCGCCUGAAAACGGAACAGCUGAAGAAGUUUGUCAUCCUUGUGUAUUUAAAGUCGGGCUCCGUGAUGGGAGGCUUCAUCAGCCAGGAGUUCCCUUCCUUCACAUGGAGCACCAAGAAGGAGGACGCGGACGCGUUCGUGUUCUCGCUGAGCCCCAAGGACGGCGGCCGUUUCCCGGUGCGCGACCCCUCGCAGGCUCUGCAGUACGACAAGGACACGAAGACUUUCAGUUUCGGAGGCUCCUUCAAAGUGACCGACUCCGGGAACGGAUGGUCCGUGAGCCUGGGCUCCGAGUCCGACCUGGUGACCCACAAAGACACAGGCUGCGCUGCGGAGAGCGAGCUCUGCCUGGAUUUGGAAGUUCUGCGAGUGCAAGAUGUUGGAGAUGCACUGCUCCAGCCCUGGAGGGACAUCCCAUGGACAGAGAGGAACAGAGAAGAUUUGAGAGAGACUCUGGUUUCCUACAAGCCUUCCAAUGAAGAGCUGACCCAGGCACGGGUUCUGUUGUUGGGUCCAAUGGGAGCAGGAAAAUCCAGUUUCAUCAACUCCAUCAGAUCUGUGUUAUACAGACAUGUCGUCAACCUGCCUAUCGUUGGAAGUGGAUCUGCUGGUUUCACCAAAAAGUUGAAGUCUUAUCCAAUAAGGGCGAGGAAAGGAGGUCCAGUCACAGCCCUGACUCUGUGUGAUACUAUGGCUCUGGGAAACAGUGAGUGGAAUGGUCUGACUGUCCAUGAUGCCCUGGCUGUUAUCAAAGGACAUGCUUCUGAUGGGCACAAGUUUCAACCUGAAGCCCCCAUUCAGCCAAGUACUGCAGGGUAUCGCCUGGAUCCAUCCCUGAAAGACAAGAUCCACUGUGUGGUGUUCACUUUGGACGCGCGUGAGCUCACCUCCUAUAGCCGUGGUCUGAAAGAGACACUGAGGAAGCUUCGCAGUGAGAUCUCAGACCUGGGCACUCCUCAGUUCGUGCUUCUCACUCACAUGGACCUGGUGUGCACCUCAGGAAUGCGGGACAUCUACACCAGCCGUGUAGUGCAGGCCAAGAUGCAGGAAGCAGCAGAGCUGGCAGGUAUGCCUCUGUCCUUUGUACUGCCAGUUAAAAACUAUGCCAGUGAGCUGGCAGUGGACUGUGACAUUGAUAUACUGCUUCUUGGGGCUGUUGCUCAAAUACUACAAGCCAUUGAAGACAGCUUGGAGGACUAACCACUGCAAAUGUUGACUAAACAGUUUCAUGUGAAAUUCAGAC